AGCCUGACAAAAAGUUUUCGAGGAGCGUUUUAAAUGCAUUCGAACACCGCUCGCCAGUGAACAUGCGACCGUGAUGUAGAGCGCAUCCUGCGUGACCUGAGCUACUUUAGCAAAGGAAUACUAGCUUGCUGGAUAAUUGAAGUUCCCUUGAAUGCAGCGGCCGGGUCGUCUCAGUCGCAGUCAAACAAGGAUGACCAACAGAUUACGUGUGCCAGCCAAGUAAAGUAGGUCCCACGAGUACCCAUCAUAAAAAGCAGUUCACAACUUCAGUGUCGUGCCUUCAACCGUGAACAAUGCCGGCGCCUGUGAGCAACGCCAAUGGCCUCUACAAUGACGAAGCUAGAUACAUCGUGUUCAGAAAUCUCCACUAUGUGCCUAUAGUGGGCUUCGUCAGCUCUCUUCUGGCCAUGUUCGUCCCUUACGCCAUCAGUGUUUACCUCGGGGACACGCCUGCGAUUCUACCGUUCAUAAGUGAUGCCGGGGGAGACCCACCACAGAGUAUAGUGUUUGGCUUGUUCCUAGGAGCAACUUCAUUCACAGGUAUGAUAGGGAUGUACAUGAAGUACCUGAUGGUUCAGCAGCAGAACCGACACGCCCGUGACGUUCUCGUGGACCGAGUGAAUCACUUGAGCUGCGUCGCCGGCGUGAUCGUCUGUAUCGGAGGAUUCAUCGUAGCGUUAUCACCUACGGGACACCUGCGCAAGGACUGCACCUGGUACUGGCCCAUGUUCGUACCACACGUGAUCGGUGCCAUCAUGAUAUUCGGCGUCGGAUACGCAACUACGGUGCUGCAUAUCUACCUCCAGUACCUGACGGAUCCACGCUGGAAGACGUCGCCAGUGUUCUACAGCAGGGUUCUGCUAUCCCUAGUCGGCAUCGCCGCCAUGCUUAUCAGUCUCAACUGGCUGUUGUUUGACAUGAGCCUCAUGACACCGCCAAGUGGCCGAGGAAAAGUGUACCCGCAAGGAAUGCUGUGGGCGGUUUCAGCCGAGUGGGCGAUGGCGUUCAUCUUCCAGUCCUACGUGCUGACAUACAUCCCGGACUUCCGCAAGGCGACAUUUGUGCUUGACAUAAACAUCAGCGGAGUGCGCGCGAAGAAGGAAUAGGACAAUACAGGCGCCAUAUGCAUGUCCCUCAGGACUUGUCUUGCAAGCGUUUCAUGAGGGGCUGCAGGGUGACUCGUCAAAGCCUGUCUUGACUAUUGGCCGUAUGAGUGUGGAGAAUCUAUUCUACCUUGUGAAUUUAUUUUAUUUUAUUUUCGAGGCAAACUGCUACUGGCAUCGCAAUAUUUUAAACAACCCAUGUGUGCUUGUUUACGCAAAUAAAUACUCAGCAUAUUGAAGUGUGUCUCUGGAGUGUGUUGUUGUGGCUUAGAAAAAAAACUUGUUUCUUCAUAUAUGUGUUUGCGUCCCAUAAAUUAAAGCGGGGGGAGUCAUAGAGAAUAACUAGAACGAUCUAUGCGAUCUCAUUGGAGAAGAAAUAAAAUCGUCCAAGAUGAACUGCAGUCAGGUCACCACGUUACAUGUCCAACACCUCUCGUGUGAGCUCUGAGUGCCCAAUCAAUAAAAA